AUGGUGCAGCGCCUCACUUACCGGAAACGACAUAGCUAUGCCACAAAAUCCAACCAACACCGGAUCGUCAAAACUCCCGGUGGGAAGUUGGUAUAUCAAAGCACCAAGAAGAGGGCAAGUGGGCCCAAAUGCCCCGUCACUGGAAAGAGAAUUCAAGGGAUUCCUCACUUGAGACCUGCAGAGUACAAGAGGUCUAGAUUAUCAAGAAAUCGAAGGACUGUGAACCGUGCUUAUGGUGGAGUGUUGUCUGGAGGUNUGAACCGUGCCUAUGGUGGUGUAUUGUCUGGUGGUGCUGUGAGAGAGAGGAUUAUUCGAGCGUUCCUAGUCGAAGAGCAAAAGAUCGUGAAGAAGGUUUUGAAGAUUCAAAAGGCAAAAGAAAAGCUGGCAGGGAAGAGCUAA